AUGACUGGAAUACUGAACAGCAGCUCACCCAUGCAGUUCCACACCAUUGGCUCCACAGGGGAUCAGGCACAUGAUUACGUCUGUGACCCUGCUCCACCUGCAACACCAUCAUUAUUGCAUCCACGGAUGGACAGGUUUAUUGUCAUCAUGCCACAAAGGAGGAAGCUGCCCUUUAGGGGAGAGCCUGAGGAGAGGAGAGAGUCUGAGGAGAGGAGAGAGAGAGAAUCUGAGGAGAGGAGAGAGAGAGAGUCUGCAGAGGUCGUCAUCCUGACCGAUGUAGACCCCGCUCUAGCCAGGGCAGCCCUCGCCAAACCUACAGUGACAUUUGCAGAUGAAUGUGAGAAUCAAACCAGAGUCCAAGGCGAUGGAUCAAGACCAUGUUUGACCUCCAAACACAGCAGAGAGACAGCUGACCGUAGGCCUACAACAGCAUCAGACCAUUUCAAAAACAGCGACAGGCCUUCUCAAGUCCACAACAGGCUGCGGGACACAAGGCCACCCAGCACCAAGUCCUGUCUAAGAAGUCAGAGUGAGGAGCAGAGGGAGGAGUGGAGGCGUGUCACGUCUCCGGUUGAUGGAUGUGAAGAGAUAUGUGCGUCUGACAGGCGUCAUUUGCAGCCUCUACUGGGAUACGACUGGAUAGCAGGAGUCCUUGACACUGAAGACUCCUUGAUUGAGCACACUGACGCUUUCUACAAUGACCUGCGCAUGUUUCGAUCGCUUAACAGAGACGAGUGUGUCCACAGCUCACAAGCAGAAUUUUCAGAGGAGAGCCAUUCAGUGCUGCCACCUCUAACUGGCAGUGAUGACCCAGAGGCUAAUGUGGAUACUCAUCAGUGUACUUUCUCCUACAGGAUAAACAGCAGACUGUUCCCGGUGCCUCUUCACUCUCAGGAAUGCUGCACGGUUUGCAAAAAGCACAAGUCCUCCCACCCUCACACUACUGCUGAACCAGCACUCAUCAGGGUCAGCAUCCCUCGCUCCACCCUCUUGCCAUCUUACAAAUACAAAGCUCAUCGUCGAUGCAGUUUUGACCCUUCGGACAGUUUGGGGUUACCAUCACACUGUCUCUCUGGCUGGUCAAACAAAGGUCAGAGCACGCUGCCUCCACCCAGCAGCCUCGACCUGAGGAGCAGUCUGAACAAAAAGAGCUCCACCGAGUUACUAUUAGAGGAUUUCCCUGAAUCCAAAAAGUCCAGUAACCAGGUGUGUGACCAGAUCUCAGAUGUCUCCUGCUUGGCUCGUCACAAAUUCCAACACUUCUCUCCUAAAAGGAAACUGGGAGGCAAAUCUUCCCCAAUGUACUGACAAGUCGUCAACAUCUGCUUUAUUGAUUUUAGCAGUUCCUGUUAACCUUCCCAUGAUGCCCGAAAUGACUUCCUUUUUAAGUAUCUGCAAUGUAUUUUUUUGUUUUUAAAUGUUUAAAUUUCAGUAAUCUCUGCUUUAAUGUGAAUUUUAUAAGUAGAGUUGAUACAAUGAUUUGAAUAGAGAAUGCCAGACUGCAUUGACAUCUGUAGUGAGAGGGUCAUGCAUAAUCAGCAGAAAAUGAAAUGCUAGAUAUUAGCAUUUAUUUCCUGUUGGAACAAAUUUAGACACCAAAUGUGACUGUCAUCAGCCUCACGCACGAGACAAGAAAAUAAAUCACAACCAUAAAGAAUUUUUGAAUCAUCUCAGUUACUCAGACAAAACCGCCUUUCCAGCUCUUUGCUAUGGCUCUUAAUUCACUUCUGCUUUCUACUUCCUUUGCCGCUUCCUUAAAACAGGACAGAGAGCCAGACUGUAGAGCGGCUGUCAUUGCAAAGGAUGUUUUUCACAAGAAACCACCAAGAGCUCUGUGUCACAGUUUCUGAAUCAGUUCCACCUAUGACACUUCAGUUUUUCCACUUUGUACAUUAUGAGCUAAAACAAUUGAAGACACGAAAAUAUGUAAGUGCUCAUUCAAUGAAAUGAAAUGAAUGAAAUGUAACUGUUGAUUGAUUCAUGUUGAAGAGCAACAUAUCUGAUUCUUUUUUUUUUUCUUGUUGUCUUUUGAACUUCAAACUGCUUUGUUUUUUUUGCUGCACAAACCGCCGGUUUCAAAGCCAAACGCCGCCCGCUUCUGUUAUCUGUUACCAUACAGUUGAUCUUUAUCGCAGAUCUCGGAUUCUACGACACGUGAAGCGUUGUGCUAGAUCACAUUUGUGAUAAUGAGUUUCAGUUCAACACAAACUGAAGAAGCACCUUGUAUUUUAAUUCUCUGUUCUUUUCAACUUGUAGAAACAACAAAGUCUUUGCUUUGAACAGACCACAAUGACAUUUUUCAGGAAUGAUAAUCUGUGAUUUGUAUUUUUCAAAGUGAAAUAAAUCACAUAAAACAUUAGUAAA